AUGGAAAAGGAGAGAAAAUCCUUCAAACAAUAUGGGUCUUUGGAACGAACCAAAUUUGAUCGACAAGCCGAUAAGAAGGCAGAGGAAGACAUUGUCUCAAUGGCGGACUCCACCAUCACAAUAGAUCACAUUGAAGGGGAGCUUUUCAGAAUCGAGCGGAUACGUGAUGUUCUAGUACGGAGGGAAUCAGAACUAAGAUACAUGAUGGACGACAUUCAGCUUUGCAAGGAAAUCACACGGCUGAAAAAAGAACUUCAGAAGCUGGUGUCUGUUUCAGACACAGACAAAUCCAACGAGGACCGGCAGAGGGAGGAGGAGCUGCUGCAGCAGAUCCACAAGCUGGUGGAGACCAGGGACUUCCUGGUGGAUGACGUGGAGUUUGAGAGGCUCAGGGAGAGAGAGGAGGACAAAGAAAUGGCUGAUUUCUUGCAGUCUAAAUUCCCCAAGACCUUGAAGAAAAAAGACGUCACAGAGGACCGAAGGAUGACCUCCAAAGCCCAGCAGACUUCGUCCACUCCCUUCGUCACCAAAACCGGUCUCACCCUUCUGAAGGAGUGCUGCGGCUUCACAUGCUCUGUCAUGUAG